CGCGGCCCUCCGCUAUCAUUCUGUCUCUAUUCGCCUUCCAAUCAUCUUUACCUACUCCGCCAGCCCAACUCACUUCACUUGACCCUCGAACCCCGAACCCUGCCUCAAGGGCUACCCUUGGCACUUGAUCGCUUCAAAGCGAUAAGCGCGAAUGCCAAUGCUGCCCAUGCAGCGAGCUUUUGCCGGCUCAGCUCGCAUUUGUCCUUCGCUCGCACGGCCAACGCUGCAGCAAACACCGCGGAGUAGAGCCAAUGCCUCCAUCCAGACGGCAUUGAAGGCACAGAAGCGAUACAUCUCCCUCCGACGACCCCAACCACUUCCCAGAGCCGUGCGACGAGCCCUCCAGCACACCACGCGUCAUGGACAAGUGGGACAGCUGCGAUGGGCUUCGACUUCAAAGCUGAAGGAGGCAGCUAUCGCGCCCCCGAAACAGAGAGGGCGGCUGGUACGCUGGACCUAUAGAGUGCUCGCCUCGCUCGGCUUGUUCAUUGUUAUGAGUGGAGGUCUGGUCGUGGCCUUCUUUGCCUACGACGCGACUACAUAUGUUGGAGAGGGAGAGCCGGCGGACCUUUCCAUCUCCGAGAUGGCUCUGAACCCGCGCAUCGGCGGUCCGAAGAACUUGCCCAUCGCGGAGUACUUCAUUGACGAUGAGGAGAAUGAGAAAAUGAGGGAGCAAAAGCACAAGCCAAAGCUGGUGAUUCUAGGUACCGGCUGGGGUAGCGUAGCUCUGUUGAAGCAGCUGAAUCCGGGGGACUACCAUGUCACCGUAGUUUCGCCAUCUAAUCACUUCCUGUUCACACCUAUGCUACCUUCAGCCACUGUGGGUACGUUGGAGUUUAGGAGUCUGGUAGAGCCGGUGCGGAAGAUUGUCAAACGCGUCAUGGGUCACUUCAUGAAGGCGUCUGCUGUUGAUGUGGACUUCAGUAACAAGCUCCUCGAGUUGGAAGCAGAUGGGCCGAAUGGAAAGGAGCGCUUCUACUUGCCAUACGACAAGCUGGUCAUUGGAGUCGGAUCCGUUACGAACCCCCACGGCGUAAAGGGACUAGAGCACUGUCACUUCUUGAAGGAUAUCAGUGAUGCGCGCCGGAUCAGAAAUGCCGUUAUUAGCAACCUCGAGACUGCCUCGCUUCCAUCCACAUCCGACGAAGAGCGCAGACGACUUCUUUCCUUUGUCGUGUCCGGAGGUGGUCCUACCGGUGUAGAGUUUGCUGCCGAGCUUUAUGACAUGCUGAAUGAGGAUCUGUGCAAAUUCUAUCCUCGUCUCUUGCGAAACGAGAUCUCUGUCCAUGUGAUUCAAUCCCGCGGCCAUAUCCUCAACACCUACGACGAAGCACUGAGCAAGUAUGCAGAAGAAAGACUUGCGCACGACAGCGUUGAUGUGCAGACAAAUGCACGCGUUAAGGAGGUGCAAAAAGACAAGAUCCUGUUCACGCAAAAAGACGCCGACGGCAACACUGUUACUAAGGAGCUGCCAAUGGGCUUCUGUCUAUGGUCCACCGGUGUUUCUCAGACUCAAUUUGCUCAAGACAUUGCCAAGAAGUUUGACGCCCAGAACAAUCGCCAUGCUCUCGAAACUGACACGCAUCUCCGUCUUGUAGGAGCACCGCUUGGAGACGUCUACGCCAUUGGCGACUGCAGCACCCUUCAAAACAAUGUCUCCGAGCAUAUCGUCAACUUCCUCCGCACUCUCGCCUGGGAAAAAGGCAAGGACCCAGAGACUGUGACCCUCAACUACUCACAAUGGUGUGAAGUCGCCAAACGCGUCAGAGCACGCUUCCCACAAGCCACAGACCAUCUCAAGCGACUAGGUAAACUUUUUGAGCAAUACGACCACGACAAAUCCGGCACUCUCGACUUCGGCGAAUUAAAUGAACUCCUCAAGCAGAUCGAUAGCAAGAUGACUUCACUGCCUGCUACUGCUCAGCGUGCCAAUCAGCAGGGUAUCUACCUGGGUAAGAAGUUGAACAAGAUGGCGCAGAGUGCCGAUGCCAUGCAACUCAAUGGUAUUAUCGACGGGGAUCUUGAUGAUGCCGUCUAUAAGGCUUUUGAGUAUCGGCAUAUGGGCAGUCUGGCAUAUAUCGGCAAUGCUGCCAUCUUUGACUUUGGUGGCAACAUCAGCUUUGGGGGCGGACUCAUGGCGGCAUAUCUCUGGAGGAGUGUGUACUUCGCGCAGUCGGUGAGCCUGAGGACAAGAAUGUUGCUUGCCAUGGAUUGGAGUAAGAGGGCGCUGUUCGGGAGAGAUAUGAUGAACUACUGAGACGCGGAACCAGAGAUAUGUACAUUUUAACCUAGAAUUUAGAGUAGAGGGCGCGUGCAGCCGACAAGGCCUUUAGAGACCUGGGGAUUCAUCCAUUAUUGCCGCGCAGGGAAAGGGAUCCGAGGUUGCUAGUUUGCACCAAGACACAGGGGGAAUCUCACGUGUGCCCCUCUUGAGUGAAGCCAGUUUUCUUUGGUCUUGGCAAGUCUCUGCGCACUCGCAAGAUCAGCGCAUAAGCACUUUGGCGAGGAUAGACAAUCCCAUAGUCUCUCACAAUAUACCGGCAUGAGUGCCAUGAAGACCUGAA